AUCAUUUGACAUAAGUACAUAAAACAGGAGAAAUUACAAAAAAACAAUCACUAAAACGAUUAAUGAAUCACUUCUGCAACAUCGCACCGUGAUUUAAUAUUUCCAAUGAAUGACACACCAUCGGUUUAAAUGCGGACAACAGAGACCUCUUGUGGCCAAAUCACACAACUGCAACGCAAAUGUUCAGUUAUUGUAUUAUUUGGCCUAAAAAAAUCAGUUAUACAAGUCAACACGGAUUUCUUUCAAAAAUAUACACUCUUCAAAGUUUAAUAUUUCUUUAAAAAUAUGUCAGAAAUAUGUGGUUGUGUCAUCACAACACGAUGAUGAUUGAUAUAGGCUAAUGUUAAUUUAAUGUAGCCCUCUUUAGAGAGAAAAUCUAAAGAAACCAGCGCAGAAAUUCAGAUGAGAGAAAAAUAUACAACUAGUUAAAACGCUUGUUUUGAACCUCAAAAUUAGUGGUACGUCACAUCGACUUGUUGGGAGAUCGCAGAAGGAUGGGGUGGGGCAACACCGGAGCCACGCCCACACCUGAUCAUUCACUAAUUAUCUCGUGCCCAGAACGUUGAUAAAUAUUCACCUGCAGCUCUAUCAGUGAUCUUACAACAAUGGAGGAGUUUUUCAUUCCACCUUACAACUGUGGGUAUCCUGGCUACUUUCCAUUCUACCCCAGCAAUCCAAAAUUUAAGCAACAAAACUGGAACAGAAAGGGGAACAAUGUUUACGUGGCGGCAGAUGCUCCGGAUUAUUUAGACGUUUAUAAACGUGCGCAGUUAAAAGCGAUAUUAUCUCAGGUGAACCCAAACCUGACCCCGCGCCUCCGCAAGGCCAACACCAGAGAGUUCGGUGUCCAGGUAAACCCCAAGGUAGAUGUCACCGUGCAGUGCUCUCUCGGGCCCAAAACUCUGUUUUAUCGCGGGGAUAAAUGGGGGUCCCCGCGGAAGCCCGCUGUCAGCCCUUUCAAAGACACGCUGCCCAGCACUCCCGUCAACUCCGUGCGCUUUUCACGACCCGUCGCCAUCUACUCUCCCGUCUUCGACCGGAGGAUCUUCUCCUUAUCCACGACCGCUUGUGAAGAUAAGGACGACGGCGGGGAGGAUGAAUGUGAAGACGAGAAUAUGAGCCGGAAGGCGGACGGCGAAACUGACGACGAGAAGUGCAAACGAGAUGAAAUCAUUCACUAUGAAGCGCGACAGGAGAAGGCAGUUGUUCCGCGAAAUAAGCGCUCAAACUUUCAGUUUCUGGAGCAGAAGUACGGAUUUUAUCACUGCAGCAAGUGCAAUAUUCGGUGGGAAAGUGCUUUCGUGUGGUGCAUCUCGGGAACCUCCAAGGUGUAUUUCAAGCAACACUGCAGAAAGUGCCAGGCCGGGCUGAACCCAUACAGGGUGGAAUCCAUUCAGUGCCAGGUUUGUUGCAAGACGCGCUGCAUCUGUGACAAGAAGCAGAGGCACAUUGACAUGCGUCGUCCUCACCGCCAGGAUCUGUGUGGCCGCUGUAAGGGCAAAGGCCUUUCCUGUGACACGAUCUACAGCUUCAAGUACAUAGUCUGAUUGUGCAGCGCUAUCUGAUGGAUUUUAUAAUCUGUAUAUGUGGCCCAUGGAUGAAUUUGGUGGGAUGUAUUGUUUUUGUAUUCUAAUAUAUGUAUGAAUUUAAUAAAACUUUAAAGUAUUGCAGCAUUGGACAAGUGUCUGUGUAAAUUUUAGGCUUUAUGGACUUAUGGGUUAUAAACGAUGACGGAAAUGCCUGGUGGUAGUUUUGUCACGAAUGACCGCGAAUCCAGCAGCUGAACAAUGUAAAGCACAAGUUUACUUGACAAAAGCUUUAAAUA